AAUAAAAUCUCUCUUAUAUUUAUUACAUGUUGAAUUGUAUCAAAAAAUCCAUUUUCUAAAUUUGUCCAUAAAAAACCAACCAAAAUUCCAAAAAUUAGGUAAUAGACAAAAUAAAGAACAAUAUAUUCAGUUAAUAGUCAAUUCUAUUUCAAAAUAUAGUCAUUAUAGUGUUUGAUUCACCCACUUUUCAAAAAAUAUUCUAUAAAAAUCACUUGUUUUUAUUUUUCAAAAAACAAAAAAAAUCAAGUCAAAACCUUCCAAAAAUCACAUUAAAUACUCCACCACCACCAUUACCACCUUCCCGCAAAAUAAUAAAGCUAGAAUCCAAUGCCAAACACAACGUAACAAUAACUUCUUCCGUCUGUCACCAUUUCUCAACCCUCCUACUCCCGUCACUUUAAUCUUUCUCUCUCUUCAAAAUUACUCACUUUCACUCUCUACCUCAAACUUCCGAUGAUUCUACUCCGAUUUCAUCUUUAACUUCUACCCUAAAACUUCGUUUUAUUUACAACUAUGCCAUCCCGGCAACCUUCACCGCCUCACCAUGCUAUCUCCCGUCACUUUAUCCCAAUCCUCGCCGUCGCCGGCGCCGUCGUUUUCACCGUCGUUGUUGUCAUCGUUAUCCUUUACCGGAAACUCACUCUAAGCCGCCGUACGACGCCGUUCGAUGAGGAGAGAGAAGCUCACCGCCGGCGAGAAACUCCGCCGGAGCUCCGGCGAUUCUCUUUCGCUCUCCUCAGAAAAUCAAGCUCCUCUUUCUCUCUCUCUCAUCGUCUCGGACAAGGUGGAUUUGGUUCCGUCUACCGUGCUACACUCCCAAACUCCGGCGAGAAUGUCGCUGUGAAAGUUAUGGAAACUUCUGGAACUAUCCAAGGUGAACGUGAGUUUCACAACGAGAUUUCUUUCGCGAAUCGUGUAAUCUCCACUGUUGGAUCGCCGUUUCUGGUUCAAGUUCUGGGUUACUCUUGCGGCGGCGGAAGACGGCGAGUUCUCACCGGAGAAAAUGGCGGUGGUGGUGGUGGAGGAGAGAGGAAGCUUCUGGUGUAUGAAUUAAUGGUGAAUGGAAGCUUGCAGGAGAAGCUUCUAGAUAGUAAGUGUGUAGAACUUUCGAUUUGGGAGAAACGGUAUAAGGUAAUACUUGAUGUUGCUAGAGCUUUGUAUUAUUUGCAUUAUAAUUGUGGACCAACUGCUGUUGUUCAUGGUGAUGUUAAACCUAGUAAUGUGUUGUUGGAUGAAGAUUUCAAUGCGAAAUUGGGGGAUUUUGGGUUAGCUACGAUUUUAGAUGGGGUUGAGAAAGAGAGAGAGGAUGAUUUUAGGGUUUUGGUUGAGAUUGAUGAUGAUGGUUGUGAGGGUAAUGAUGAUGAUGAGGGUAAUAAGGUGGUGAAAUUGGAGGAGGAAAUUGGGUCGAUUGUUGAGACGGAGAGUGUGGUUACGACGGUGGAGGUGGAGUUGUCGCCGGCUACGGUGGGGAGUAAUGUGAUGGCGUCGCCAUCGGAUGGGUUCGAAAGAGCGAGUAGUUUGCCCGAGAGUUUGGUGGAUAAGAUGAGUGUUGAGAGUGGGAAGAUAGGGGGGAAGAAGAAGAAUGGUGGUGGUGGUGGUGGGGGGUCAGGGAGGGAUUAUUGGUGGUGGAAACAGGAUAAUGGUGGCGGGGGAGGUAAUGGCGGUGUUGGUGGAUCGGAGUCAGGGCGAGUGAAGGAUUAUGUGAUGGAGUGGAUUGGGAGUGAGAUUAAGAAAGAGAGGCCUAAGAGUUCUGAUUUGAUUGGAGGAGGGAUAGGGAUUGUUGCUGGUUUAGGUUGUAAUGGUAGUGGUGAUGUGAAUGUUAGUGGGGAGAAAGUUGAGGGGAAGAAGGUGAAGAAGAAGAGGUUGGAUUGGUGGCGGGUUUCGAUGGAUGAGGAUAAGUUUAGGAGGAAGAGGGAGAAGAGUAGGAGGCCAAGGGAGUGGUGGAAGGAGGAGUUUUGUGAGGAAUUGACUAAGAAGAGUAAAUGUAAUAGCAAGAAGAAGAAGACGGGGAUUAAAUCAAGUAGUGGAAGUGAAUUGUGGUGGCAAAGGGAUGAGGAUUUUGUUGCUCCUGAGAGGAAGAAAAGGAGGAAGAGUAGGGGUAGCUUAGGGAGUAUUGAUUGGUGGUUAGAUGGUUUGAGUGGCGAGCUUCGUGGUGGCCGGAAACAUAGUCAAGAUUGGGCUAGUGGGGAAAUACCUAAAAGUGGUGGGAUUAGUAGCACGCCUAGUAUGAGAGGGACAGUGUGUUAUAUUGCUCCUGAGUAUGGUGGAGGUGGACAGUUAUCAGAAAAGUGUGAUGUGUAUAGUUUUGGUGUUUUGGUAUUGGUCAUUAUUUCAGGCCGCCGACCAUUGCAAGUAUUGGCUUCUCCGAUGUCAGAAUUCGAAAGGGCAAAUUUGGUUUCAUGGGCUAGGCAGUUGGCUUACAAUGGCAAGCUAUUAGACCUUGUAGACUCUUCAAUACAGUCAUUGGAUAAAGACCAAGCAAUGCUAUGUAUCACAAUCGCACUCCUCUGUUUACAGAGAUCACCCUGUAAACGGCCUAACAUGAAAGAGAUAGUUGAAAUGUUAACCGGGGAGGCCGAGCCACCCCAUUUACCGUUUGAAUUUUCUCCAUCACCGCCUUCAAAAUUUCCCUUCAAGUCAAGGAAGAAGGCUCGGUGAGUUUUGCUUAAAUUGUAGCUCGAUUUCUUUUUAAUCUAAUGUCGAGUUUCAUUUAAUUGACAAUAGAAUGAACUGUUAUUGUGUAUGACAUUUUUCAAUGUAGUCAUCUUCUGUAGAUAAUAACACAAGGAAAUCGAAAAAAGUCGAAAAUCCUCCUUAAUUUC